ACUCUGUUCAAUCUCCUCCGCUUUCUUGUCGUGCACGCUUGACGGAAAGGUCGAAACAGUUGGUUGCUGAACGAAGGACAGAAACUGCAUGUCAAUGUUCCUGAUGAAUUUUGUUUUUCUAACUGACCAUUGGAACUUUUCUGACAGUCUGUGCUGUAAAAUCUGCACGAGAGGCUCCGACGCGAGACUCAUGUGACAAGGGCUACAAAUGAUCAUGGAUUAUAAAGGGAAAACCAGCUGUGGCGAACAACGAUGCCUCUCUGAGGACCUAAUUGUUUUUUAUGCUCCUGUCGAAUUAACCCCGAUCCUCCUACGAGGGCCCCCCGCUGCUCAAGAGGACUGUGAGCUCUCGAUCUCUGUGGCCUAGUUGGAAUCCCCUGAUAUCGGAGACCCUGCCAUUGUCAUUUUUUUUAUGACGUCAGAGGUCCAUACACGGAUGGAUUGCUACUCCACUUAUCGAUUCUGGGAAAAAUCCACAUCCAUGUCUGGUGACACAACCCCUGUAACCGUGUCCCAUGCUGAUGAUGCAUUACAGCCAGAUUCUCUUGUAGGCUUCCUAUAGUCGAGCCUCUUGCUAAAAUUCUCAUAGACCUCUGCUAAAGCCUGCUUUGAGAUCUCCUACAGUUGCCAGCACGGUGACCAUAAGCACACGUCUAGGAUCAGCUUUUCCUCCCCCAAUUAUAAUCUCAAUCAUUAAUGAAGGAAAAAUUCACAGCUGACCUUAUAUCAGCUUCAAGGGACACUGUCAUCCUCCUACUGGGAGUGGUGUGUCUCAAUGAUGUCACAAUAUAGAAGACUCCCUGGCCUGCCUUCAGAGCUCCCGCAGUCGCCUAUGGCUGCGUCUCCACUCCCAGUGCGUGACUCUGCGACGCUUCUGAAGCUGCAGGAAGUGGAUCCCAGCCGGGUUGGCCGCGGUGGCCGCAUCCUCUCACCCAUCUUCAGCGCCCCGUCCCCGGCGCUGCCCAUGGAGGCCCACCCCGUCUGCAUCCCCUCCCCAUACACUGACAUUGGGCACGACUUUAACCCCUUGUCCUUCUACAGCCCCACUCUGCUGAGCUACGCUGGGCCCACGCUCUCUGACUGCCCAUCUGCCCACCAGUCACUCAGUCCCUCGAUCUUCUGGCCCCCCCAAGCUCACGUGGGGCCUCCAUUGUCUCUGCACCAUCGGCCCCAAUCUCGCCCACAGCAAGGCCAGCCAACCCGAGUGUCCUGGGCGGAGCCCCAUGCCUUAUCUGAGAGCAGCAAGCCUCUGAGGAAGCGCUCGCAGGAGGGUGAGGAGACGGUCAUCUCGCUGGAAGGGAAGGCUGAACUGCACUUCUGUGCCGUGUGUCACGACUAUGCGUCGGGCUACCACUACGGGGUGUGGUCCUGCGAGGGCUGCAAGGCUUUCUUCAAGAGGAGCAUCCAAGGUCACAAUGACUACAUCUGCCCGGCGACCAACCAGUGCACUAUCGAUAAGAACCGCCGCAAGAGCUGCCAGGCGUGCCGCCUCCGCAAGUGCUACGAAGUGGGCAUGACAAAGUGUGGUAUGCGUCGCGACCGCAGCAGCUACCGGGGUCAUCAACCGAGGCGCGUGGGUCGCUUCUUCACCCGGGGCACUGCUAGCGGGCCCAAGCGGGUCCUAGCUGAGGGGGGCGAAACAAUCAAGGAACUCCGCCCCACAGCAUUAACCCCGGAGCAGCUGAUUGGCCGGAUCAUGGAGGCAGAGCCACCAGAGAUCUACCUCCAGAAGGACAUGAGGAGGCCCCUGACGGAGGCCAACGUCAUGAUGUCACUCACCAACCUGGCCGACAAGGAGCUGGUCCACAUGAUCAGCUGGGCCAAGAAGAUCCCAGGAUUUGUGGACCUGUGCCUGUUCGACCAGGUGCACCUGUUGGAGUGCUGCUGGUUGGAGGUGCUGAUGCUAGGGCUCAUGUGGAGGUCUGUGGGCCACCCUGGUAGGCUAAUUUUUUCCCCCGACCUCAGCCUGAACAGGGAAGAGGGGAGCUGUGUGCAGGGUUUCGUGGAUAUCUUUGACAUGCUGCUAGCUGCCACCUCCAGAUUCAGAGAGCUCAAGCUGCAGAGGGAGGAGUACGUCUGCCUCAAGGCCAUGAUCCUCCUCAACUCCAACAUGUGCUUGAGCUCCUCGGAGGGGAGCGAAGAGCUGCAGAGUCGCUCGAAGCUCCUGCGCUUGCUGGAUGCCGUAACAGACGCACUGGUGUGGGCCAUCGCAAAGACGGGCCUCAGCUUUCAGCAGCAGUCUGCGCGCCUCGCCCACCUGCUGAUGCUGCUGUCACACAUCCGCCACGUCAGUAACAAGGGCAUGGACCACCUGCACUGCAUGAAGAUGAAGAACAUGGUGCCCCUGUACGACCUGCUCCUGGAGAUGCUGGACGCCCACAUCAUGCACAGCCCACGGCUGCCCCACCAAGCCAACUCAGCGGGCCCCUGUCCAGAGGUGAGCCCCCCGCAGCCCACCACAUCAGCAGCUGCCCCGGCCAGACAUGGACCCCCAGCAGCAGAAGAGAGCCUCAACAGCAGGAGCCAUUGGACUGCAGGGACCCCGGUAGAAAGACAGUGGUGAAAAGGGAUCUCUAGCAGCAAAAAGGACAAUGGAGAGAAUGUGACUGGGACCCUUGUGGACAGCUACUUCUUGGAACGGCUUGUAAAACCACUCUGAAACAGAGGAAUUGGGAACGAGUAUAAGAGUGUUUCAGAUAGUGCCUGGAAGGGGCUGCAUCCCAAUGCUGUCAAAUGAAAUCUCCUCCUUUCAGGCAUUAGCACUGUUCUUGAUUGUUUUCUCGGAGGUCGCAAACAUAAAAAAUGUAACAAUAUUUAAUGUCCCUGCUAAAGCUGUCUUUUGGUUUAUGAUCAGGUUUCAAUGUAGGCUAGCUGAGGCGACACACGUGACCACACAGCGAGGAAAAGUUGUGACUGACUGAUCUGGAAAGGAGGCAGUUUGUUGAUGCAACAUUUGCUCAGAAAUUGAGCAGACUCAUCGAUUAGUUUUAUCAAAUGUUUUUCCCCCCCCAGGGGCUUGAGACCUCUCAUUGUUUGGAUUUGAAAAUCCAACAGUUGUAAUGGAAGGGAGCGGUGCUCGUGGGCUGUGUGAGUUUGAGUGAGAAAGACACGGAGGAGAACCAACCAGUAAAAAGCACAGCCCUUCAUUAUCGACGCAUCGUGCUGACAACAUCAAAACAGCCUUUCCAGACUCUGAAGUCAGGAGACUUCAAGUUUGGUAUCAGCCAGACUAGUUUGAAAGUAGAAUCUAUGAGAAAGUCUGAAAUUAAACAUCAGUGGAUGAGUAGCAAUGGAGAUGAGGAGAGGAAGGCAGUUAGGAGUAGCCUACUGGGACACAUAAAAGCCCAAGACUUACCUAAGUGCUUGGUUGUUAUGUGCAAAGGCACUUUCAACAGUCAUCAUGGACUCUCCUCUUCUUUUGUACUGUCUGAGGGCGGCAGGUAGCCUAGCCGUUAGAGCGUUGGGCCAAUAACCUGAUUACCUGAGCCGACAAGGUGCAAAAUCUGUCGAUGUGUCCUUAACCCUAAUUUGCUCCAGGGGCGCCAUACUACCAUGGCUGACCCUGUAAAACAACCCAUAUUCGCUGCACCUAUCUGGUGUGUGACGUGUGGUUUAUUUUUUUACUGUCAAUGAGAUAAUCUGUAUAAAUAAAUGUAACUUUGAGUGACAAUCAAAAGAUAGAUGGCCAUUUGCACUGGUUCAAGUUGUUUAACUGUCAUGGAAGAAAGAAAAACACAUUUUAAAACUAUAUACUUCACCUCAAGAUCUUAUUCCUUUGCUUUACCCUUAGGUUUUUGUUCCACCAUCUGUAUAGCUUCAAACUUUGCAUACAGUAUGCAAAUUAGGCACUUGUCCUAAUAAACAAAUAUAUUUCCAGCUGAACAGGUGGAGGUGAAGGGUCACACUACUGUCAUUCCACUCUAGAACACAUUCCCUUAAAGGUGGACGCCACAAUAAUAAUAUCAUACACAGUGGGACAAAGUCCUGUUUGAAUCAACAACAAAAUCUAAAUGACACUAUUUUGUCUCCUCAAAUAAAGAUGCAAAUUAAGACGGAAGAUUUUUUAAUUCCUUCGCAAAAAGUGCCUAUGGGUCCAAUCCCAUCUUCAGCAAUGGGAGUAUGACUCAAACAUUCAUACAAAUUCAUUUGGGACUUACUUGAAUGUCAGUUUUACGUCCGCAUGUCUCUAGCUAAAAUUCAGCCCUUCAUACGUGGGCAAUGUGAUCGAAUUCUGACCACAAUGUUGUUUCUGUGUUUAUUUCUCCCGGGAAGAAAGCAUGGUGAAAUGAAGAGAUACAAUAAGUGUAAUAUUGUAAUAAGAUUCACGCCUUUCAAAGAGCACAGUGCCACGCUGUUGUGUUUAUGUACCACUUUAUAAGACUGGCCCAGGGCAAGUUCAAUUCCCAGUUUUAAAAAACGGUGUCAUCUUGACAGUUUUGGAGGGAGGGUCUUAGGCGUGCGAACCCGAAGUAGAAAAGAAAUGGGUACAGUUUGGCAUUUGUGUGUUUUGUUUCAGACCUGUUGUACUUUGUGUAGUUGCUACUGGCGACCAAGAAGGUGUUUAGAUUGUGCCUUCUACAUAGCGACCAGCUUGUCUUAAAUGCACACAUCAGCUGUCCUGACUGUUUAUUAUAUCUGUUAUGUCUUUGUGAUAACAGUAUUAUGUAGGGGCUUUUAUGACUGGUUCAAGUAAGGUGUUGCCUACAACAUAACCCACCUACUAACUGGACCUUUCUAUCCAUUCAUCAGCUUUGUGUUGUCCUCACACCUGACAAUAUUUAGGCCAGGAUUCAACCCGAGUCAUGUUAGCGCUGUCGACAAUGCAGCUUUUAAAGGCAAUAUUCCUAAAUGUAUGGUCACGGUAAACACUCUACAACAUGCAUUGGAUUGAAUCCAGGCCUUAGAAUGCCAAUGAUACAUUCAACUAAUGUGAGGUCCUAAUGAUACACACAAUAGGAUCACAAUCAAAACUGAAUGUUAGGAAUGUGUUCCUAAUGUUUGGUAUACUCAGUGUAUAUACAGCCUGUCUGCAGUCCUGAUUUCUGUUACUGUUAGUUUAUCUGUGUAAUAUUGACUUAAGCUCAGAACCACUUGUUUUCCAAACAUGAUCCUGUUUUAUAUAUUGCUGUGCUGAUCAAUGGACAGUUCAUUACCUCUGUCAAAUGAAUAUGUAGCUUAAAAUUGUGUUUAUUUAAUUUUGCAAUAAAGAUGGUGAUGCUACAAUAAUGCACAUUUAAAUUAGGCCUAUAUCCAAAAACACAUACGGCCUAAUGCUAUAUUUUCGGCUUCAGACGAACGCCUAGUUCUCAGUUUUUUUUGGAAUGAAAGCCUUUUCAAAGCCUUAAUAAUCAACUAUGCCGCUUGUAGUAAUAGAAAAGCAGAGUGCUAGCUUUAUUUCCUGUGCUAAUUUAGCCAAUUUCCUUUCAGUAGCGCUAUAUUACCUACCUAGGCUAGAUUUACUCUGGUAGAGGAAGCAUAUUAUUUACUUUUGAUGACCAGACAGCCGUAGCUGCAACCCACACUUUUAAUUUGUAAUCUCUCAUUUUGGGGGGAUUUCUAGCCUCAAUAAUAAAGUACAGUGUAGGACCUCAGGAGAUAUGGACCCUUCGGGAAUGGAGGUUGUUCAGAAUGCUGACAUGUUCUUUACUUUGAAAUGGAUUUAACGCAUCAAACCUUUGUAGACAAUAUGAAUUGCUUAUUAACAUGUAUUUUCUAACCAUUUAGUUAUACUGUAAAAACAUUUUUUUUCUGUAAUCUACAUACUCAGGCACAUGAGCAACAUUUACGUUUUCUUUGCAAUAAUACAUUUCCCGGUUCCAUAUUUCCCGUUUGAUUGGUCAGUCCGUAACUCGAGGUUCUACUCUUUAACAUGGGAUCUAUAAUAGUAUGCGGAUGCUAAUUGCUAUCUCUGGGUCCAUUUAGUCUGUCAUUUAGAAAAAUGGUUAACUAAGGCCUAGAUUUAAUCAGUUCAGAGUUAACCCGUGAUAACCGACAACUGCAUUGCAUAUCAUUUAUUUUGUUUGGGCGGUGUCAUUUCUACAUAGCCUACACUUUCUCAUUCUGAACUUCUAACACGGGUGGGAUUUAAGGAUGGGUUUCGUGACAAUGACCACAAGAGCGGGUGCUCGCCGAUUUGACAGCUCCAACGCAGUUACUUCUGACCUCGCCCAAACAAAAACAAUAAUAUGCUAUACUGUUGUCGUUUAUCGUGGGUUAAUGCAGAUCUGAUUGAGUCUAGGCCAUAGCUCACAUCAGCUGUUUAAUACUAUAAGACAACAAACACCAUUGGUCUUUGUCAACACCAACAGCAGACUCCUCUCAAGGCAAGAAAUGUUUUUGAGUUAACUCUUUUUAAUUCAACUAGGCAGCUGUGCACAAGUCCUUUCACUUUCCCGAUGACUCAGCCAUUUGUAGCCCAGCUGUGCAUUCUGCUUUGAACGAUCUCUGAGAAUGCUGUACAUUGCCAGCAGAAUAAGGAUAUACAUGCUUUUUCAACUGUAACGUGAGUGCUUUAAAUGUCAAGGUUUCCCAAUGUGGAUUUUCUCCCACCGUCACACAGUAGUAUGUUUCUUUGGAGAAUAAAAAUGUAAU